UUGGAAUGUGAACAGGCGCACCAUGGAACGGAUGGAACAACCGAACGGUCCAAUGGAAAAGCGCACUUUGCCCUAUCGUCAAGAUGCGGAAGAUAGUGACGAGCAGCAGUCUGAAUCUCUACCGACGAUGCUAGCCCAUGAUGAUGCGUCAUGUAAUGCUGCACCGACCGAGAACGGUGAUAAGGUCGGAUCGGAAACUGGUGCUAGCAGUGGGGUACAACAGUGCACCGAGGAUGAUGAUGAAAUAAAUCAAGCAACACAUCUGCUUGAGGAUGGAGACGGUUCCUCCAACAGUGGCACAACAUCACCCGGACUGGCCGGGAAAAACAUUGCCCUCGUACAGCCCAACAAUCAUCGACGGUCCGACGAACCGACCGAGCUAAGCUUUGAGAAAUUUCCUGAAAAUCAUGAAGAAAAACUGAAACGCAUAAAGAUCGAAAACGCACUAGACGAUCCGAAGACAUCGUUAGAGACCUGGAAGCAGUUUGCCAAAUCGGAGUACGGUCUUAUAAAUGAUGACUUGCGACGAAAAAUCUGGCCACUGCUGGUCGGUGUUGACCCACAACAGGUCGAUCCAGCACCCUCGCUCGAACAGCUGAACAACCAUCCAGAGUACAAUCAGGUGGUACUGGACGUGAAUCGCUCGCUGAAGCGCUUUCCACCGGGCAUUCCGUAUGAGCAGCGUGUGGCACUGCAGGAUCAGCUAACCGUGCUGAUUCUUCGUGUCAUUAUCAAGUAUCCACAUCUGAAGUAUUACCAAGGAUACCACGAUGUAGCAAUCACAUUUCUGCUGGUCGUGGGUGAAGAGGUUGCAUUUCACGUGAUGGAAAUACUGUCCACGAAUCAUCUGGUCGAAUGUAUGCAGGAAACGAUGGAACCAACGCAACGGCGGUUGAUGUUUAUCUAUCCGCUUGUACGCCGGGAAAAUGCCGCACUAUGUAGCUACCUGGAAAGAUCUACGGUAGGAACGCUGUUUGCCUUACCAUGGUACCUGACCUGGUUCGGGCAUAGUCUCAACUCGUACAGAUCGGUGGUGCGGUUGUACGACUACUUUUUGGCUUCUGAUUUCUUACUGCCCAUCUACGUUACCUCCGCUAUCGUAAUCUAUCGACAGAACGAGAUCUUUCAGGAGGACUGUGAUAUGGCAUCACUACACUGUUUACUCUCGCAGCUACCUGAAGAUCUCCCAUUUGAAUAUUUGCUGAAGAGUGCCGAAAAUUUGUACCGAAAGUACCCGCCGAGGGUAAUCGAAAAGGAUGUCGAAACCAUGAUCGCCAAAGAAAAGCAACAACGGCUUAACGAAGAGCGCGACCGCGAAUAUCGUAAGCGGUACGGCAAAAAGCCACCAGUCUCGAACUCCAUCAUUAGCCGGUUUCUACCCCAUCUGCAGCUGUCCCGCCGGUCCGUAUUUGUUACGACCGCGUUCUCUAUACUGGUUGGCUUCUGUGCCUAUUACUACCGGGCGCACUACAUACCGUUGGCGGCGGUCAGAUGAGUGGAGCUAUUCCGGACGCGACUCUUCCCGUCGUCGUUCGUCGUUUGUGCCUCGUUCAAUCCACUGGCCGUUUUCGGACGUUCAUGGCAUAGUACUACCAAUACUACUACGGGUGGUAGCAG